AUGAAGUCCACAUGUUGGUGCAUUGUUCUCCUGUCACUCAUUUCUAUGGUUACAAGUGCCCAUUCAUCUGCAUCUGGAAGUUCAGACGUUCUGAAGUCAGAGAGACCAAAGUCAAGAGCUAAGGACUUCUGGACAACAGACACCAGCAAGGACGUAUCCAUCAGUCAUCUGCUCUCCCAGACCUUUUAUGACAAGAAUCUGUCUGGCCUGGAUCUGAACUAUGACAAGUUGGAACCGUACUCUAAACAGGAGCUCUGGGACUGGCUCCACAACACCUCUAGCCUUCAUGACCCACGCUCCCGAUCCAAGAGAAGACCCAUCGUCAAGACAGGAAAGUUCAAGAAGAUGUUCGGCUGGGGCGACUUCCACUCCAACAUCAAGACAGUGAAGCUCAACCUGCUGAUCACCGGGAAGAUCGUAGACCACGGCAACGGCACGUUCAGCGUCUACUUCCGCCACAACGCUACGGGCCAGGGCAACGUGUCGGUGGGGCUGGUGCCGCCCACCAAGGCCGUGGAGUUCCAGCUGCAGCAGUCGACGGUCCUCGAGCCCAAAGACACCAAGCUGUUCAACUGCAGGGUGGAGUACGAGAAGGUGGAGAAGGGCACCAGGAAGUCGCUGUGUUCCCACGACCCCUCGCAGAGCUGCCCUCAGGAGCAGACCCAGAGCCAUGUGUCCUGGCUGUGCGCCAAGCCCUUCAAAGUCAUCUGCAUCUACAUCUCCUUCUACAGCACCGACUACAAGCUGGUGCAGAAAGUGUGUCCGGAUUACAACUACCACAGCGAUACUCCCUACCUCCCCACCGGGUGA